CAACAGCAAGUUCGGUCAGCCUUGCCAACAUCAAACGACAACAUGGCGCCCGCUCAACCAGAACUCAAGAAGUACCUCGACAAAAGGCUGUUUGUGCAACUCAACGGCAGUCGCAAGGUUAUCGGCGUUCUUCGUGGAUACGAUGUCUUCCUGAAUAUCGUGCUGGACGAGGCGGUCGAGGAGAAGGAAGGCGGCGAGAAGGUGCGGAUCGGCAUGGUGGUAAUCCGUGGCAACUCUGUCGUCAUGCUCGAGGCCCUCGAACGCAUUGGUGGUGACGACCGCAGGCAACAGCAACACUAGACACGGCAUUUGACGACUCGGGGUUUUGAACUGGCGUUUAUAUCGGCAAAAGACAUCUGUGAAACGAGGAGAAAAGGGACGGAAGGACGAAUCUCCAGAUACCAGCCACAGAGACAAGCGCAGAAUUCGGGACGAGCGAACGAGCUAAUCAGUGCCCACCUAUCAAGUCUGCGAUACGCAUUUCAAUCACGUAUCCUCCUCACCCCGUUCAAGUACGCUGAACCCGUGUGUCGACAAUGUCUUCAACCCGGCGCGCCACACUUGCGUGCUCUUGAGAAGGCCUUGACCAUAUGAGAGACAGGUACAUGAAGCUCGUCAUAUCGAUACCGGAUCAAGGCGUUGGAAUGACGUGGUCCUGGACUGAACAGGGAACGCCGCGCAAGAUUUGACAGCUGUGAUGAUUCUCCCAACCAAGGGCUAGCACUUUACUCACAGACAAAAGCAUGCCUCUCGCGCAUCAAUAUCU